CCACCGACGGACCGAACCCGUUGGAAGAUUUGUUGCCGUGCUCACGUAGUCCAUCUUCUUUCCCUUUCCGAGUCGUCUCUCAUACAUCCUUUUCCCAGUUGAUCGUGUUGCCUUUGGUCGUCUCGUCUCAUCCCCCGACUGCGUCUCUCUUCCUCCCCCCUACCACCCAUCCUGUUACUCCAUGACCAUGAUACACUCCGGUUCCCUGACACUCCUCUGCGUCCUUGCCCUCGGUGCUUUCCCGGCAAUGGCGUUGCUCUCGCCGACUCUGUCCCACCGCGGUUCCAAUGGCGCCGUCCAGGGGUCGCCGUCGUACGCGCAAACACCUUGCUCCUUCCCCCGCACCCCUACUCUUCUCUACUCCAUGAACACGGACAACAAGAGUUCCACCCCGUCGUCGUCAUCAUCGUCGUCACCCGUCUCGGACCUCACCAAAAUGGUCAACGACGUCGACUUUUCUUCUUUGCUCGACAACAAGGACCAAAUCGUCAAGAACGUCAGCGACGGGGAAUUCGGCAAACGCGGGGAAGUAUACGUCGUCGCCCAGUUCGUUCUACUCGGCGCCAUCUUCUUCGGUGGCGUUCCCGUCGUCGGUGACUUUUUAUUCUUCCUACUCGGACCCGGACUCCUCCUACUCGGCAUCGGGACCACGCUCCUAGGAUUGAACGGACUCGGCGCUUCCCUCAGUCCCUGGCCCGUCCCUUCUUCCAACACUCAGGGUCUCGUCCGCGACGGUAUCUACGGACAAGUACGACACCCCGUCUACGCCGGACUGCUCGCCGCCGCCGCCGGAUUCGCCAUCGUAUCCGGAUCCGCCACCCGACUCCUACUCACCGCCGCACUCUGGUACCUACUCGACCUCAAAUCCGAUUUCGAAGAAGACGCCCUCGCCGCACAGUUCCCCGACUACGAUGACUACCAAACCAAAGUGCCGCAAAAGUUUGUGCCCCAGGUCGUCUUGAACGCCCUCCCAUGGACCGUACAAAUCAAGUAAAAGGCAAUCACCGAGAGCAACCAGCAAUCGCAACGCCAUUUCCAAUACCCCAAACGCGAUCCUAAAAACUCUCUGCAUUCCACUCACGUGGGCGAUUCCACUGCUACCGGGGUUUGCCCAACCCACAUUCGGAACCCCCACUUGGCCACCCACCCCAGCACCCAUACACUCAUUAUCACUACACACGCAUCGUUGAGCCUACACCAAAUAUCAACCGUACGAGAAAAGACGUCCCAAACAACGACUAUCAAUUACACAACUCCGUAAACGCUCAAUGCUUAUUAUACUAAAUUGAAAGGAAAGCUCGCCGA